AUCUCACAUACUUUAGACACUGCGACUGUAAUAAUAUUGGAUAGAUUGGAGCAAAUGCGAAAAUCAGCGAAAAUAUGGCAAGUUCAUCACGAAAUGAUACAAAUAAGAUUUGUUGUUACGCACAUCCAGAUGCCCCACUUAUAGAAGAUUACAGAGCAGGAGACCAGAUUUGCUCGGAAUGCGGAUUAGUUGUAGGGGAUAGAGUGAUAGAUGUAGGUUCUGAAUGGAGAACAUUUAGCAAUGAAAAAUCAGGAAUAGAUCCAUCGCGUGUUGGUGGACCGGAGAAUCCUCUUUUGAAUGGUGCAGAUUUGUCCACAAUGAUUGGACCUGGAACGGGCGCUGCAUCUUUUGAUGGUUUUGGUACUGCCAAAUAUCAAAAUCGGCGUACAAUGAGCAGUUCUGACAGAGCUCUGCUUAAUGCAUUUCGCGAAAUCAAUGGUAUGGCAGAUCGUAUUAAUUUGCCAAAAACUAUUGUGGACAGAGCUAAUACGUUGUUUAAGCAAGUGCACGAUGGCAAAAACUUGAAAGGUCGCGCGAACGAUGCGAUCGCUUCGGCGUGUUUGUACAUCGCCUGUCGGCAGGAGGGCGUGCCGCGCACAUUCAAAGAGAUUUGCGCCGUCAGCAAGAUAAGCAAGAAAGAGAUUGGUCGAUGUUUCAAGUUGAUUCUCAAGGCCCUUGAAACAAGCGUCGAUCUCAUUACUACAGGCGAUUUUAUGUCUAGAUUCUGCUCCAAUCUUGGUCUUCCCAAUAUGGUGCAGAGGGCUGCUACACAUAUUGCCAGGAAAGCUGUGGAGAUUGAUAUUGUACCUGGCAGAUCGCCUAUUUCAGUUGCAGCUGCAGCGAUUUACAUGGCAUCACAGGCUUCAGAAGACAAGAGGUCGCAGAAGGAAAUUGGAGAUAUUGCAGGUGUUGCAGAUGUUACAAUUCGACAAUCGUACAAAUUAAUGUAUCCACAUGCCAGUAAGCUCUUCCCAGAAGAUUUCAGAUUUGCCACACCGAUCGAUCAGUUACCGCAGAUGUAAAGUUAGAAAAGACUCACUUCAUUCUUUUGAAGUAUAUAUUUAAUCAUUAUAUUAUAUUUUAAAGGACUAAUUGUUUUUCAUCACAAGCAAUCAAAUGUAGGUAAUCCAGUCAUUUUAUUCACAAGGCACAUUCCUAAGCAAUUUAUACAGUUCAACAAUUUUUUAACUUGUCGAUAACAGCAAGUUAAUCUUUUUCUUCUUCUACUUUAUUUUAUUUUGUUUCUCAGAAGUAUUGGUGCCUGGAUAGUAUAUAUUGCAUGUAUUUUAUAGUUUAUGUGUUCUGCUGUAUAAAAAUUAUUACCUAACACAGUGCAUAUUUUGUUGUGUAUGCUACAUAUAAUACUUUCUGUUAUUUUCUUUUUUAUUUACAAUUUUAUAAUUUAUAAAGUACAAAGAGAGAAUUAUUUAUCGAUGAUUUUUUUUUUUAGUAACACUGUGUAAGUAAAGAAAUUCUUAUAAAAUGGCCUUAAAUUAAAAUUUGAAAAUUACAUAUAUAGUUAAUAUCAUUAUAAUAAAUUAUGUAAUUAAUAUUGUGUAAUAGUAAUAGUAUAAGUGUAAUUGUAAAAGAAUAAUAAUAGGAGUAAAGCAGAUGGGUCUAUGUCAAAUCUUUAUGACACAUAGAUCGAUAAUGUUUUAUGAUGUCAUCUCGUUAUUUUAAUGAAGUUAAAUGAAUCGGUCCAACAUUUGGCACUAAGCCUAUAAUAUUUUAUUUGAUCUUUUCUAGACGUUUUGACUGAAAAUCAAAACACAGUUGGGGGGCUUUAGAUUCUGUUUAAUAUACUAUGUGUAUAUAUACCUAUAAUUACACAAUUAUAGUUAUAUUAAUUGCAUACAAUUUUCUAUAAAUGUAUAUAAUUGAUACCAUUAAUAUGAUUAUGUAAGUAAUACAUAGUAUGAAUGAUAUAAUGCCUGCAUAUAUUUGCAAAUCAGAAAUAUUUUAAAAUAUGAACAAAAAAGAAAAAUGUAAAACAAAAAUGAUGGAUUAUACUAAACUUUUUUCUAAUUCUUUUAUUUUCUUCAUUUAAUAUUAUAAUUGAAAUUUUUUUUAUAUACACAUGCUAGUAUUGUUUUGUCAGAACUGAGAGCUGGAGAAUAUUGUAUAAUAAGAGUGUAUAAAAUUUACUGUGAUAUAUUUAAAAAGUGAAAAAAGUAAAACUAUGUAUAUCGCAAAUAAUUCUAAUUUGUCAAUUUAUAUCUAAGUUUGUCAAAGACUUCAAAAGCUGUUAAACAAAACUGUAAAGUAUUUUUAAACAUAUACAGAUUAUAUAUAUUAUAUAAACUGAUUAUGUAUUGUGUUAUAUAU